UGGCAUUUAUCGACGACUGUCAGCGACUCCACGUUCUUUCUUUUUCGUCAAUCUCGUAGCGAGAAUUGAUUUGGCUGUCCUUAUUUUGCAAUUUUCUUGCAAUAAAUCGACGAAUUCGGGUCUAAUUUUUAGACACAUUCGCUAACCUACAAAGCAACGCAGCAACACCACAACACAACAACAUGAAAUUCAAUCGCAGCGUGUCAUCGAGCAGUCGCAAAAGCCGCAAAAGGCACUUUGAGGCCCCCUCACAUGUACGUCGCAAGUUCAUGAGCGCUCCCCUUUCCAAGGAAUUGCGUCAAAAGUACAACGUACGCUCGAUGCCCAUCCGCCGUGACGACGAAGUGCAAGUUGUCCGUGGUCACUACAAGGGCAACCAAGUAGGCAAAGUUGUGCAAGUCUACCGCAAAAAGUUCGUUGUCUACAUCGAGCGCAUCCAACGCGAAAAGGCGAACGGCACCAACGUCUACGUCGGCAUCCAUCCCUCCAAAUGCUUGAUUGUCAAGCUGAAGAUGGACAAGGACCGCAAAAAGAUCUUGGAUCGUCGUGCCAAGGGACGUUUGGCUGCUUUGGGCAAGGACAAGGGUAAAUACACCGAAGAAAGUGCCGCUCAAGCCAUGGAAACCGCGUAAAUUCCAUCAACAACAACAAAAAACCUUCUAUCAAAUAAAAGAAAGUGUAUUUCGCAUUAAAACACAAAA